UCAUCAGGGCUUAUUUGACUACUAAUGGUUGCUCUUGAUUUUCUAGAUUCGUUUAUGACACUCCAAGCUGCCUUACACUUGUUAUUGGAACGCUCAAUUUUAUGUACAGUAUGCAGCUUUUUAGCAGCAUCUACUUCAGCCUGAUAGUUACGCUUUGCCUUCAAGUAUAAUGCAUAUAACCUAUCUCUUCGCUCUACUGACGCUUCAGCUUUAUACUUAGUCUGCAGGUUUGCUGCGGCGGGGGUAUUUUCUACUUCAACUUUUUUUUUUAUUGUUUCGUUUUGUUGAUAGUUUAUCUCAGCAAGCACCGGCUGUCAAAAUCAACAAUCAACAAAAUCAAACCAACCAAUCUCUUGAACAUAGGCCUAGAAUCCUCGAAUCCUGAGAGUUGCAGAGCCGCGAAGUACGGUACGAAUCAGUAAUUAUUUCAGAUCUGUUCCCUUGUGGUUUUUAUCCAACAAUUUUAAUUCGUUUAUCUUAAUUUUGUUUUACCUUUUUGCCUUAGUGUCAUCACAUUCUUCUGUUUUAAUUGAUUUCAUUUUAGAAAAGAUCAUAUUAACCUAAAAAUGGUAAUGCUUACAAGUUUCCCAGCUCCAACUGAUGGUAUAAAACAUGAACAACCGCGGACGAAAUUAUUUGUAAUUGAUCAAGAAUUUGGAAUUGGCACACUGUAUAUCACGGAAAGCAAGUUAACAUGGAUAAACAACGAUGGAGAAGGUAUUUCGUUCCUGUAUCCACAAAUAAGCGUUCAUGCUGUAUCUAGGGACGUUCAACAAUAUGGGGCUGAGUGUUUGAUUGUAGUUUUAGACACAUGCUUGGAAGGUGCUGAUGAGAACCGAGAAGAAGAUAAUGAUGAAGACAUGGCGACAGAGUUGAGGUUUGUUCCGGAAGACAAAGACCAAUUGGACGCCAUGUACAGAGCAAUGACUUUCUGCCAAACACAGCAUCCGGACCCUAAUGACUCAUUCUCAGACCUUUCAGAAGAGGAUGCAUUUUAUGAGGAUGCUGAUGACGAGAGAAAUGUCUUGGCCGGUGGAGAUUCAGAAUAUACAAAUGGCAUUGAUGAAUACUUCAGAUUGAAUAUGAAUGGUCUCCGAAUCAACCCGGAUGAGGAAAUGGAAGAUGACGGACAGUUUGAAGACGCAGAUGAUUAAGAGUUGUAAAAAUCAACAUGACUGAUUUUAAAAUUUAAUACCUGUUUAUAAUUUUUGAGGAAAACAAAUCUAUUUUUCUGAUUUGUCCAUGUAUUGUUGUAGAUGUAAAGUUUCAAUAGAUAAAACUGUACAUUCCUUACAUUCAA